CACAAUAAUUGGGUUGCAGUCAAGUGAGUGCGUAGCUUCACAGCAGGGUCUAUAGGGCCCCGACACUUGCACCAAACCUGCCGAUCACAAGCACCGGCAGCGAUGGCGUCCCUGCUCGCCGGCAAGCCCCUGAUGGGCGGCCUUAAGCUGCAGCGCUCGGCCAAGAUGGCCGUGCCUGCUGUUGCCGUUCCCCGCGUGGCGACUGCUGCUGCCGCGCGCGUCGGCCUGAAGGGUGGUCUGGGCGAGCGCCCUUUCGCCCCCAAGCCCGUGGAGAAGAAGCCCCUGGCGCCCGCGCCUCAGGCCGCCUCCGGUGACGCCCCGGCGCCCGAGCCCAAGAAGUUCCUGGGCUUUGAGCCCAUCACCUGGGCUAAGAUUCUGCCCCUGGGUGCCAUGUUCUUCUGCAUUCUGUUCAACUACACCAUUCUGCGUGACACCAAGGACGUGCUGGUGGUGACUGCCCCCGGCUCGGGCGCUGAGAUCAUUCCCUUCCUGAAGACCUGGGUCAACCUGCCCAUGGCUAUCGGCUUCACCAUCAUGUACUCGGCGCUGUCGAACCGCCUGUCCAGCGAGGCUCUGUUCUACACUUGCAUCAUCCCCUUCAUUGCCUUCUUCGGUGCCUUCGCCGCGCUCAUGUACCCCAUGCGCGAUGCUCUGCACCCCACUGAGUUCUGCCAGAACCUGCUGGAGCAGAUGGGCCCUCGCUUCGCCGGCCCCAUUGCCAUUCUGCGCAACUGGACCUUCUGCCUGUUCUACGUGAUGGCCGAGCUGUGGGGCUCCGUCGUCGUGUCCGUGCUGUUCUGGGGCUUUGCCAACCAGAUCACCACCGUGGAGGAGGCCUCGCAGUUCUACCCCCUGUUCGGUCUGGGCGCCAACGUUGCCCUGAUCUUCUCGGGCCAGGCCGUGAAGUACUUCUCGCAGGUCCGCGCCGGUCUGCCCCCGGAUGUUGAUGGCUGGGGUGUGUCCCUGAACGGCCUGAUGGGCAUGGUCGUCAUCGGCGGCCUGCUCAUUAUCGGCAUCUACUUCUCGCUGCAGCGCCUGGUGGUGCCCAAGCUGAAGUCGCUGCGCGAGGGCAAGAAGAAGAAGAACAAGACCAAGAUGAGCGUGGGCGAGUCCUUCGCCUUCCUGGCCCAGUCGAGCUACAUCCGCGACAUGGCCACCCUGGUGGUCGCCUACGGUAUCUCGAUCAACCUGGUCGAGGUGACCUGGAAGGGCAAGCUCAAGGCCCAGUUCCCCAACCCCAACGACUACUCGUCGUUCAUGGGCGAGUUCUCCACCGCCACCGGUACCGUGACCUUCACCAUGAUGAUCCUGUCCCGCUGGAUCUUCAAGCAGUUCGGCUGGGGUGUGGCUGCCCUGAUCACCCCCAUCAUGCUGCUGAUCACCGGUCUGCUGUUCUUCACCCUGGUGCUGGCCGGCGACACCGUCAAGCCCGCUCUGGCCGCCUGGGGCAUGACCCCCCUGUACGCCGCCGUGCUGGUCGGCGCCGCCCAGAACGUCUUCUCCAAGUCGUCCAAGUACUCCCUGUUCGACCCCUGCAAGGAGAUGGCCUACAUCCCCCUGGAGGACGAGGUCAAGACCAAGGGCAAGGCCGCCAUUGACGUGAUCUGCAACCCGCUGGGCAAGUCCGGCGGUGCCCUGAUCCAGCAGUUCAUGAUCAUCGGCCUGGGCUCGCUGGCCGCCUCGACCCCGUACCUGGGCGCCAUCCUGUGCGUCAUCAUCGUGGCCUGGAUCAACGCCGCCGCCUCGCUGAACAAGCAGUUCACGGCGCUGCAGGAGGAGACCGGCAUGUACAUCACCGGCGAGAAGCCCGCCAACAAGUCCGAGAAGAAGGACUAAGCGGCUCGGCCCUGACCGUGGUAGAGGGUCAGCCGUGACCAGACGCCCUGACGGGUCGGCCUGGGUGGUGGUGGUGUGUAGACGAGAGAGGUGAGAGAUCAGACGGCCUCGGCGGAGCUCGUGAAGAUUGGCCAUUGACGCAUUCAGUUGGUGCUGGAGACUCAUGACGAAGACACGGACUCAGGAGGACUGGUGGGCGCACUGCGGUCGGCACCCGGCGACGGCCUGUCUUGAGGAGUCGAGGGCGCGCGAUGGAGCAGCUGCAGCAGCGGGACGUAGUAGGGCACGUGCAUGCGCGACGCCGCGUGCGCGGUUUUAAGCUCUUGACUUGCGAGGGAGGGUGUGCUCUUGUUUUCCAUGGCCGGCGGGUAGAGAAAGACGCGUGUUUAUGACAUCUAUGGCAUGCGGCCCAGGGUCGGCUUGUGUGGCGUGCGAGACUUGGCUGGGACCAGUGCCGCCGGUUGCCAGCUGGCGGUGUUUGCCGACGGGGGCGCCGGCGGUCUGCCUAGACAGGCUCACGCUUGCAAAGCCCUACCCACCCGCUGGCAGUCUAUACAGAGAGCAGCAGGUUGGUGCCGUAGGUGCCAGAGCAAUUCAAAUUCUUUCUGAGAAACUCGAUUGGUCCGGCCUGAAUGAUUGCGGCCCAGCCCACCCUUGGAGAAGAACAAACGAUAGCCGGCGCAUUGUGCGCCGGGAUUGGACAUGGAUCAGGAGGAGCGGAACGGAAGGCGAGUGGACCAAAUUGGUUAACUUCACGCCUUA